AUGUCCUCGAUUGGGGAGCAAGAUGUUGGGGUGCGGGAGGCUCCCGAGGCCUCCCUGGGACGAACGGCAGUCCAGGCUCCAGGUGUGAUCAAGCUUUUAAAUUCACCUGUUCUUGUCUUUGCAGUGUCAUCUUAUACACCUUGCAUGUGUGCACACCCACGCAGCAGGAUAGAGAUCCUUGCAGACCCCAAGCCACUAUUUUGCCAAGACAGCAGUCCCACGCUUAUAUGGGGAAACCAAGAGACGAUAUGGACCCUCUCAUCAGGUGCUAUGACAGCUCGACCGUCUGCAAGAAUACUGCAUCUGUGCAAGCCCAAGAAAGAUUUUACCAUCUAUGGGCGCAGCUGCAGACCAGUAAUCGGUGGGAAUCCCCUGCUACCAAAGUUUGGCUACCCUUCUGAACGGCUGCUGAGGUUGUCUGAACCUAAAAAAUAUCUUCCUGCUUUCCUGGAGCAAAGAUCCCGUGAGUCCCCCGAGUGGCCUGUGUCCCUGGCUGCACUGAACUAUAAUGCCUCCAAGCGGAUACUGCAGCUUGCCCAGCCAAAGGGGGUGCACCCAGACUUUGUGCCACCCAGAGAGGUGCCAACACAGGUUUCCAGCUUUGCAGUUUCGGCCAAGGCAUCAGCGCGAGUCGAGAAACUCGCAGAGCCCUUGAUCAGGGAGAUGACCUGCUGCUCUAAGCACACCAAACCUGGUGUUGUCAUCUCUACGGUUUCCAGGUCAUCUCAGAAGGUAGUUGCAAGCCCUCGGACCAUUGAACUGUCGAAGCCCAGACAAGUCCACGCUAAGUUCAUGCCUGCACGGGAUCCUGAGUGGCCUGUGACAGCGGCUGCCAAGCGUGCAAUGGCUACAGAAAGGAUUGUGGCCCUGGCCCAGCCUACUGCAAGACCUCGAAUGGGCUUGACUGCACUCAACCCAGAUGCAUUCAAAGUGAAGGAGGCUGCUCUGAAGGCAGUUUGUUCUCCACGGCUCGAACAACUAGCUCGGCCAAUUCAGCGCUAAGCUCUGUCAGAAAUGCUCCUGCCAUCUGCCCACAUCACCCCUUGGAACAUCCCUCUCUCUGGGCUCUGCUGUGGCUGGAAGAUCUCUUUGAACACAGCACAGAGGCAGCACUCAGCAGGAACGCUUUCUGGGAGUUAAAAUAAAAUCAUUCCUUUAGAAAGUCAUCAGGGAAAAUUACGGAAUUCAACUUAAUGUGGGAAGACUCUCUUCCUAGGAUGGGUUAUGUCUAGAGUUUCUCUCUUGAUUGUUUUGUUGUAAUAGUUUAAGAAGUAAUGAAACAACUGCUGGGGGAAGGCAGCACAGGAACUGUCCUUUCAUGCAGGGAAGUGUGGCAAACCAAACCCAAGAGCAUGCAGUAAGUUGAUGCAACAUAACUCCUGAAUUUGGGUUUAAAUUUUUUUGCUAAAAUUUGAAUGUCUUCUUACUGAUACUCAAAAGUUUUGUGCUUGUGACAGAAGUAGAAAGACAAAAGGCUACAAUGUAUGUUGA